UUUUAAUUUUUUUUCCAGCACGAUCUUUUAGCCAAAUCAUUCCACCACCAAUUUCUUUUUAAUUUUUUUUUUCCAGCACGAUCUUUUAGCCAAAUCAUCGAACACCUUCAGAACAUAAAAAUGGUGGCGGCUCUCUUCUUCUCUUCCUCCACUUUUCCUUCCGCUUUAUCUUCCCUUCGCUCACCCAUCUCCACCACCCUCUCCCCCACUCUCCUCCGACUCCACUCCCCGACCCCCCUCUCCUUCUGUUCAAAAACUCACCACCCCACCAACGCCUCCUUCCUCUGCUUCAGCCACUGGUCAGAGGCCGAAGCCCCAUUAUCCACCUCAGAUUUUCCUCCUUUAUACCCAGAAAACGACGACAAAUGGGACUCCUCCAAGUACGAAGCCCUCCUCAAAGGCGGCGAGCAGGUCACUUCUGUGCUCCAGGACAUGGUCAAACUGUUGGAGGACAUGGAGCUGGACGCAGAGUCGGAGAGGGCGGCGGUGGAGAUAGCAGCGCAGGGGGUUAUCGGGAAGAGGGUCGACGAGAUGGAGUCUGGCUUCAUGAUGGCUAUCGAUUACAUGAUACAGAUCGCCGAGAAGGAUAAUGAUGAUAAGCGCAAGGUGCUUCUGGAAGUGAUAAAGCAAACAGUGUUAGACCAUCUCACCAAAAAGUGUCCUCCACAUGUUCAAGUGAUUGGCCUUCUUUGUCGGACUCCACAAAAGGAAAGCAGACAUGAAUUACUAUGCCGAGUUGCUGCAGGUGGUGGUGUGUUUAAAAGUGAGAAUAACUUUAAAGUUCAACUUCCAGGGGCAAAUCUCAAUGAUAUUGCUAACCAGGCUGAUGAUUUAUUGGAGACAAUGGAAUCUAGGCCUACUGUUCCUGAUCGGAAACUGCUUGCAAGACUUGUUUUAAUCAGAGAGGAAGCUCGGAACAUGAUGGGUGGUGGAAUAUUGGAUGAAAGAAACGACCGUGGUCUUAGUACACUGCCCGAAGCAGAGGUGAACUUCUUGAGCAAGCUAGUUGCUUUAAGACCAGGACAAUCUGUCCAAAAAAUGAUAAGUGAUGUGAUGCAUGGGAAAGGUGAAGGUGCAGACAACUUGGACAGUGGAGAUGAAGAUCCUAACAAUAGACAAAAGAUGCUAAGUGGAAUAGCUGGAAGGGGUAGCAUUACAGGCCGUAAACCACGUCCUGUUCGUCCUGGAAUGUUCCUUGAGACUGUUUCCAAGGUCUUGGGUGGAAUUUAUUCAGGGAAUAUAUCUGGCAUUACAGCUCAACAUUUAGAAUGGGUUCAUAAGAAGACCCUUGAAAUUCUUCAAGAGAUGGCCUUUUAAUUUUGUGAGCAGAUUCUGAUCACAUCUUUGCUCUUUGAUUCAUCCAAAGUUGGAAGUGGGUGCACAGAUUCUUAUCCCUCACACCAAGGUCCAUACAAUAUGCAACGUCAGAUAUCACCAAAACAAGCACUUGUUAGGUCAUAAGCUUUCUGAUGAUCAAAAAGGUGUGACCGCCAAGAGAAAGGAAGUAUGACAUUGCCCAGCUGAAGCAUGGUCAGAUCUGUAUAGCAGCAACCUCUGGCUUAUGCCUUGAUAUUAGAGUCCAAAUGAGUCUUCGGUGCCUGUUGAGUUUCAUGAAGUGUCCUUCCUGCUAGAUGAAGCAUCUUCUUAUGAACUCUCUUCAUUGCAGUCUGUGGGUCAAUAAAUUUCCAUUUAGAAUUCCAAGAUCACUGCGCGUGGACGCUACAAAUUUUAACAUACUCCCUAGCUUCUUGCUUUUUUCUCAACUUGCAAUUUCUAAACCUAUAAUGCGAAUUGGCUUCAUCUGGAUGUUAAAUUU